ACAUUUAUUUCUCUACUUCUGAUGUUCUUAUCUACCGAGGUUGUUUUUGUCUGCUUAUUUUUUUUUCCUUAUGAUUGUCAAGGUUGGUAACUUAUACACUUGUUCCCUUUGUCCCAGAGCCUUCUAUGUUUUAUGUAUAUCCAGGCUCCCCAACGCCAUGAAGAAUUCCUGCUUUUAAUUAAUGACUUUCAGGGACUGUUUACCUUUAGGGAUGUGUCAGUAGAUUUCUCCCAAGAGGAGUGGGAAUGCCUGGACCCAGCUCAGCGAAAAUUGUACAUGGAUGUGAUGUUGGAGAACUACAGGAACCUGUUCUCCCUGGGUUGUGUUGUCCCUCAGCCAGUCCUGUUCACUAUUGUGGAAGAAAUUAAGGAACUCUGGGAUGUGUGCAGAAAAAAGUCAAUAUCCACCCACCCAGCUUUGACAUCUGAAGACAACCAGGCCUUAUUGCAAAAGCCAGGAAUAGAAGAUUUAGUCUCUAAAAUAAUAUUGAGUACGUGUAAUGAAGAUAGAAGUUAUGAAUGCAAUGAAAAUGGGAAAAUGUUUAACCACAAAUCAAAUGAUAAUAAAUAUCAGAAUACUCAUCUUCCAGUGAACCAUUAUAAAGGUGGAAAAGUUUUUGACCAAAUGUCAAAUCACAAUACACAUCAGGUUAUUCCUAUUGUGGAGAAGACAAACAAACAAAGUAAAUGUAUCAAAUUACUUAAGGAACCUUCUAAUAGUACUGAACAAAAACAUAUUCCUGUUGGGGGAGAAGAUUACAAAUGUUUACCAUGUGGGGAAGUCUUCAGUAAAAUAGUUAAUCUAAAUGGAGCUAAGAAAAUCUGUACUGAAGAAAAACAUACGUGGAAAGAAUGUGAUAAAAUACAUAAUCAACCUUCAGGUCUAACUCUAGAUCAGAAAAUACAUACUGGACACAAGCCUCACAUAUGUAGAGAAUGUGGCAAAUCCUUUAUGUCGUUCUCAACCCUUACUAUUCACCAGAGAAUUCAUACUGGAGAAAAGCCUUAUAAAUGCAGAGAAUGUGGCAAAGCCUUUAUGUCAUUCUCAAUCCGUACUAUUCACCAGAGAAUUCAUACUGGAGAGAAGCCUUAUAAAUGCAGAGAAUGUGGCAAAGCCUUUAGGGAGUCAUCAGCCCGUACUCAGCAUCAGAGAAUUCAUACUGGUGAAAAGCCCUAUAAAUGUAGAGAAUGUGGUAAAGCCUUUAGUCGAUCAUCAUACCUUACUCAGCAUCAGAAAAUUCAUACUGGAGAGAAGCCUUAUGAAUGUAGAAUAUGUGGUAAAACCUUUCGCUGGUCCACAACCUAUAGAAAACAUCAGACCAUUCAUACUGGAGAGAAGCCUUAUAAAUGUAGAGAAUGUGGUGAAGCCUUCCGAUGGUCCUCAUCUCUAAUACACCAUCAAAAAAUCCAUACAGGAGAGAAGCUUUAUAAAUGUAGAGAAUGUGGUAAAGUCUUUUCCUGGUCCUCAUCCUUUAGAAAACAUCAGAAAAUCCAUACUGGAGAGAAGCCAUAUAAAUGUAGAGAAUGUGGGAAAGCAUUUCUUCAGUUAUCAAUCCUAACUCAACAUGAGACAAUUCAUACUGGAGCAAAGCGUUAUAAAUGUAGAGAAUGUGGGAAAGCCUUUUGCUGGUCCUCAGGCCUUAGACAACAUCAAAAAAUUCAUACUGCAGAGACGUCUUAUAAGUGUAGAGAAUGUGGUAAAGCCUUCCGCCAUUUCUCAAGGCUUACACAACAUCAAAAUAUUCAUACUGGACAGAAGCGUUAUAAGUGUAGAGAAUGUGGUAGAGCCUUCCAUCACUUCUCAAGGCUUAGACAACAUCAAAAUAUUCAUACUGGACAGAAGCCUUAUAAAUGUAGAGAAUGUGGUAAAGCAUUUCACCAGUCCUCAACUCGUACUGCACAUCAGAAAAUUCAUACUGGUGAAAAGCCUUAUGAGUGUAGACAAUGUGGUAAAGCCUUCCGCCAAUUCUCAAAGCUUAGUCAACAUCAAAAUAUUCAUACUGGACAGAAGCCUUAUAAAUGCAGAGAAUGUGGUAAAGCAUUUCACCAGUCCUCAACUCGUACUGCACAUCAGAAAAUUCACACUGGAGAAAAGCCUUAUGAAUGUAGAGAAUGUGGUAAAGCCUAUUGUCGGUCCUCAUCCCUUACAAAACAUCAGGUAAUUCAUACUGGAGAGAAGCCUUAUAAAUGUACAGAAUGUGGUAAAGCCUUUCGCUGGUCCUCAUCACUUACUCAUCAUCAGGGAAUUCAUACUGGACAGAAGCCAUACAAAUGUUUACCAUGUGGGAAAUUCUUAAGUCAAAUAUUUAAUUUAAAUGGAGUUAAGAAAAUCUGUACUGCAGAAAAACAUAAAUAUAAAGAAUGUGGUAAAACAUAUAAUUGGCCUUCAGGUCUUACUCUGCAUCAGAGAAUACAUACUAAACAGCAGCCUUAUAUAUGUAGAGAAUGUGGCAAAGCCUUUAGGUGGUUCUCAAUCCUUACUAUUCACCAGAGAAUUCAUACUGGAGAGAAGCCUUAUAAAUGUAGAGAAUGUGGUAAAGACUUUCGCCAGUCCUCAACCCUUACUCAACAUCAGAAAAUUCAUACUGAAGAGAAGCCUUAUAAAUGUAGAGAAUGUGGCAAAGCCUUUCGCCGGUCCGAAACCCUUACAAACCACCAGAAAAUUCAUACUGGAGAGAAGCCUUACAAAUGUACAGAAUGUGGUAAAGCCUUUAGCCGCUCCUCAACUCUUACUCAACAUCAGAAAAUUCAUACUGGAGAGAAGGCAUAUAAAUGUAGAGAAUGUGGUAAAGCAUUUCGCCAGUCCUCAAAUCUUAUUCAACAUCAGAAUAUUCAUAUUGGAGAGAAGCCCUAUAAAUGUAGAGAAUGUGGUAAAGCCUUUCGCCAGUCCUCAACCCUUACUCACCAUCAGAAAAUACAUACUGGAGAGAAGCGUUAUAAAUGUAGAGAAUGUGGCAAAGCCUUUAGUUUGUCGUCAACCCUUACUAGACAUCAGAAAAUUCAUACUGGAGAGAAGCCUUAUAAAUGUACAGAAUGUGGUAAAGCCUUUUGCCGGUCCUCAACGCUUACAAACCAUCAUAAAAUUCAUACUGGAGAGAAGCCUUAUGAAUGUAGAGAAUGUAGUAAUGCCUUUCAUCAGUCCUCAAUGCUUACUCAGCAUCAGGAAAUUCAUACUGGAGAGAUGCCUUACAAAUGUAGAUAAUAUGGUAAAGCCUUUUGCUAGUGCUCAAUGCUUACUCAACAUCAGAAAGUUCAUACUAUAGUGAAUUCUCUUGAGUGCAGAGGAUGUGGCAAAGCCUUUAAUUCCUCAAACUUUAGUCAUCUUCAGAGAAUUCAUAAUGGUGAAAAGCCUCAUAUAUGUAGAAAAUGCGGUAAACUUUACCAGUCCCCAAACCUUACUCAACAUCAGAAAAUUCAUACUGAAAAGAAGCCUUAUAAAUGUAGCAAAUGUGAUAAGCCUUUAGACAAUCCCCAGCCCUUACUCAACAUUGAUCAUUCAUACUUGAGAGAAGCCUUAUGUAGAGAAUGUGGCAAACCCUUUAGGGAAUCCUCACAACUUAUUCAAUAUUAGAGAAUUCAUAAUGGUGAAUAGCCAUGUAAAUGUAGGAAAUAUGGCCAAGCCUUUAAGCAGUCUUCAGUUCUUACUGUAAUCAUACUGGAAAUAAAUCUUAUCAAUGUGGACUAUGUGACAAAGUCUUUCUUUACUUCUCAAAACAUACCACAUCAGGUCAUUCAUACUGGAGAGAAACCAUAUAAAUGUAAGUGCCAAAUCUUUUAAUCAUCAGUAGUGUCUCUAGAGAAAAACUGUUCAACAGUAGAGAAUGUAGCAAAGCUUUUACCCUGUGUUCAAAACUUCCUUGACAUUGGAGACUUCAUGCUGGAGGGAAACAAAAAAUAUAAAGAAUAUAACAAAACUUUAACCAUUAUUCAAGCCUCCUUCAAGGUUAGAGAAUUUAUAUGGGAGAGAAGUCUUAAAAAUGUAAUGAAUUUGGUAGUGUUUAAUCCUCAUCCAUACCUCUAUCAAUAUCUUAUAAUUUAUACUGGAUAAAAUGUAGCAAAUGUAAAAAAUGUAGCAAAGCUCUACCCAUAUCUUACUCCACAUCAGAAUUCAUUCUAAAGAGAAAAAAUACUAAUGAAGAAUGUUCAAAAUUGUUUUUUCAAGGUUUACAGAUUAUUUGAUAUGUAAGAAUUUAUACCAGAGGAAAAAAACCUUAAAAAAGAAGAAUGUAAGAAAUUGUACAGGUGGACCUACAGGGAAUGUACAAUGGGUGUGGAAUUCUACGUUCAUAAUAAUGACUGGCUUUUGUCCAAUACAUACAGUUCACAAAUCCCAAAGAAUUUAUGCCUGAAAUUGGUGUUAAAGAUGUAAAAAUUUAGGAAUGUAUGUAAUAGAAACAAUUUUAAAACAUGAGUGAAUUCACAGAAUGCUAAAAAUAGUUUUCAGGUAUUGCUAUAAAUCAGAAUACUAUAGAGAAUCAUUCAGAAUUUAAAAACAAUUACUUUUUAAAAAAAUUUUAUUUAUUUUCAAUAACAAUGUAUGGGAGGGAGAGAAACAUUAAUGUUCAAGAGAAACAUGGAUCAGUUGGCUCU